AUGUUAUAUGAAGAAAUUUCAAAUGAUGAUAAUGAAUUAAAUAAAGCAUUAUCACUAAAUCAUAAUGAAUCAUUAUAUGAAGCAAUAUCAGAUGAUGAUAAUAAACCAAAUCCUGCAUUACCACCAAGUGAUAAUGAUUUACGUGUCAACAACCAUGAUAUGAAACGUCAAUUACAUAGUCGAACACGAUCAGCUGAAGCUCGAAAACGACGAAAUCGAAAAAGAAAUCUUUAUUUCCGAAUGCAAUGUUAUAGAUAUUUUAUCACUCGUCCAUUCUACUACAGAUUUACAAUGAAAUUAGUUCGACAUAUUCUUGCUGAAUACAAUAUUUAUUAUACUCAUGUCAAACCAGUUGAUGAUUUAUUACUUAUUGGUAUAAAAGACAAAAUAAUUGAACAACAAAAUGAACGAAGAUUGCUCGGUGAUAUAUAUGAUAGACAUCAUUAUUGCUUGUUUCGUCGUCAAGGUCAAUAUUUAUCAAGGAGAUCAAAUGAUAUACAAGAGUAA